AAUAAUGCUAGUGUUCCCACUUCAGCUAGUAAUACUCCAAUUGCAUUAGAUGAUGAUGAUAUUCCUCUGGAGACUAAUUCCGAUCCUUCUCUCCUACCAAUUACUAGUAGGCAUACUUCGGCAGUGUGGUCUGACUUUAAGAGAAAGAGAGUUGGUGAUGUGAUAAAAGCUGAGUGCAACCAUUGCUCUAAGCUACUUGCUGGUGGGUCAAAAGCAGGAACUACUCAUUUGAAAGAUCAUAUAAAAAUAUGUCCAGAGAGAGUAUGUCAAGAUCUUCGACAAACAAGAAUGUUUGGUACAAAAAAAAACUUGAAUGAUAAGAAUGACACGAUGACAUUGGCUCCUUAUGAAUUCCACCAAGAAGAUGGAAGAAGAGACUUGGCAGAGAUGAUUAUUUUGCAUGAGUAUCCAAUUAGCAUGGUUGAGCAUAUUGGUUUUAGAAAAUAUAGCAAGACACUCCAACCUGGAUUUAAAGUGUCGUCUCGCAACACAACUAGAAAAGAUAUUAUGAAAAGAUAUGAGCUUGAGAAGGAUAAUGUUGCAACCUUGUUGAGGAAAGCAAAGGGUAAGAUUGCCUUAACUACUGACAUGUGGACAGCUGACAACCAGAGAAAAGGUAAUAUGGCGGUCACCUCACAUUUUAUUGAUAAUACAUGGAAGUUGCAAAGUCGGAUCAUAAGGUUUUUAUAUGUCCCCGCCCCUCAUACUGCUGAGGUUCUUGCUGAUGCUUUGAAAGAAAGCAUUCAAUCAUGGAAUCUUGAUCUUAGGUUGUCUUCUAUAACCGUGGAUAAUUGUUCAACUAAUGAUGCAAUGAUGGAAAUUUUGAAAGGAGUGUUUCCAUAUGACUCACUUUUAUUGCGAGGUGAUUUUUUUCAUAUGCGUUGUUGUGCUCACAUAUUAAAUUUGAUUGUUCAAGAUGGUUUAAGUGCUGUGGUAUCAAAUGGUGUUCAAAGAAUCAGGGAUAGUGUUGUGUUUUGGACUGCUUCUGAUAAGAGAGUACAAAGGUUUGAACAAGUGGCUAAGCAAAUAGCUCCUGAGUGUAGUAGAAAGUUAGCACUUGAUUGCAAAACCCGAUGGAAUUCUACUUAUGAAAUGCUUUCUAUUGCUACUAGUUAUAAAGAAGUGUUUGUUGUUUUAAGUGCUCGUAAUAAUUUAUAUAAGAAUCCACCGACCCCUGAAGAUUGGGAAAAAGUUGAGAAAAUAUGUGAACAUUUGGAAGUGUUUAGUAUAACUACCCUUAAUUUUUCAGGAACAAAUUACCCUACGGCCAAUCUUUAUUUUCCUAAAAUUUGUGCUUUGAGAAUUGCUAUUUCUGGUUGGCUUUUUAUCUCCUCAUGAUUAUGUAAGGAAAAUGGCCGACAUUAUGUUACAAAAAUAUAACAAGUAUUGGGCUAGUGUGAAUGGUUUAAUGGGAGUGGCAACAAUACUAGAUCCUAGAUACAAAAUGGCUCUUAUUCGCUUUUAUUUUGCAAAAAAUUUUGAGGAGCAUGACUUUGAAAUUGAGGUUGGUAGAAUUAGUGAUCUUCUACGAAGAUUGGUUGAUGAGUAUGGGUCUAAGAUGGGUAAAACUCAAGGUAGUAGCAGCCAACAAGCUUUUGAUUUGGAUAGUAGUAGCAAAUCCAAUGAGGAGACCUUUAUGCAAGAAUUUGCAGAAUUUUUGCAACAAGAUAAGGACUCA